UUAAUGUUUUUCUUGUAAAAUGUUUCUUAUAACUCAAACUUCAUAGAACAUAUGUAUCUGUUUAUUUUUUGACUGAUGUUUAUGCAAGAAAUAUAUUUACAUAGCAAAUCAAUAUAUAGGAAUAGUUUUAAGUUAAAAUUUUAAAUACAGUUGGUUAGAACAUUAGAAUGAUAUGUAGAUGUUUUGAAAAGCUUUUCAAGUGCCAAGAAAUGGAAUGUCUGUGUUGAAUAUAGCUCAUACUGGAAGGAUCAUCUUAACAGCAUGUCAUAUUGCAAUACCACCUGUAGUAGAAAACCUAAACAUACUUUUUUGACAUCACUAACAGUAAAGUUCAAGUAAAGUUCAAAUCAUGUUUCAGUUGUGACCUCCAGUUUUUAUUCAGUCAAAAAGACACCUUAUGACUCUUUGAACACAAAUUAAGACUAUUUAUUUACACUAUUUACAGAGAUACACAGCAAUAUAUCUAGAUUGCUACUAAUUAUGAUGUCUUAGUCUAGACCUCUUCUCAAUCCAAAUCUCAGGCUAAGCACCCUUUCCUCGAUCCAACAUCACCUUAUAUCCAAGUUUUGAAUCCGUUGGCUGACCAAUCAGGAGCUGAGCUGAGCUUUGUAUCAGGUCCGCUUCAGUUGAUAUCCUGUCUCAACUUGUCCAGGAUGACUCGCCAACCAUCACUUUCUAGACCAUGUGCUUCGACAUGUGAAAACUUGACCUAUCUUGUUACUACAAGAUAGGCCUCCUUGACACUAACAAUGUUAAAUUAAUUCUCCAAUUUACAGGAAGAGAUGUCUGAGAUAUUUGUUAAGAAUGUUUGCAGUUUAUUCCUUGUUUUUAUCAUAAUCUUUUGUUUGAACUUUUUAAAUAAAUGUUAUAGCCUGUAUUAUUUUCUGUGUCAUUUCAUAAAUGUAAUGUUUGUGAUAAGACAUUUAGAUUGUACACAGUGCGGCAAUUAAAUUCCGGGACUGAAGCUAUAUCUCAGCAACCAGUAGCAACAUCUGUUUAAAUUUUAUAUCAUAUGAAGUUUGAACAGAUGUCGCUACUAACCUAAAACUUUUAUUUAAAUCGGUUGACAUUUAUCAUUGUUUUUGAUAUUUUGUUUAUCAGUUUAUUUUGUUACAUGUUGGCAAACAAUAAUGGAACAACGUGCUGUUAUUAAAUUUUACACUAAACUUGGCACAAGUGCCACAGAAACGUUCAAAAUGAUGCAGAAAAUGUAUGGAAGUGUGUGUUUAUCACGGUCAAAGACUUUUGAGUGGCACAAGCGAUUUUUGGAAGGCAGACAAUCACUGGAGGAUGACAAAUGUGUGGGAAGGCCAAUAACAGUUCAAACAGCAGAUUCAAUUCAAAAAUUGCAAGAAUUUGUAUCCAACGAUUGCAAUGCAACACUGAGAAUGAUGGAACAGGCAUUAAACAUUAACAAAGAGACAAUACGAGAAAUUAUUAAAGAAGAUUUUGGCAAAACAAAGGUCUGUGCUAAAUUUGUUCCGCACACACUAACCCAAGACCAAAAAUUGAUGAGACUGGAACAUUCCAGAGAGAUUGUACGAGCAGCAAAUAACAGCUCAACCUUCCUCAAAUCAAUUGUUACUGGUGACGAGACCUGGUGUUUUCAAUAUGACCCACAAACAAAACGUGAAAGUGCCAAAUGGAAGUCAAAAUCAUCACCUCAAGCCAAGAAAACAUGAAAAGUUCCAUCAAAAAUCAUGACGAUGUUCAUUAUUUUCUUUGAUAGCAAAGGCAUCAUCCACCGUGAGUUCGUCCCACAGGGUCAGACAGUUACUGCUGCUUUCUACUUGGGAGUUUUACAAUGAUUAAUGGGAAGAAUUCGUUGAAUUCGACCAGAAUAUCGCAAUUCUGAUGACUGGUGUUUGUUACACGAUAAUGCACCAAGUCACACAUCAUUGAUUGUUCAUCAAUUUUUGGCACGAAAUCAAGUCU